AUGUUCACCGAAGAAGUUGUAAAAGUCAAGGGUAUUGAAGGCACGUUAGCAACACCUUCAGGUCAUGUUGCGGUUCCUAGAAUUGUGUUUAUUUUACACGGAGUUGGCGGACACCGCGAUUACUGCUACCAAAAAGAGCUCGGCCAGGCCCUUCCGGCCGAGACUGGAAUUUCAACUUUUCGCUUUGAUUUUAGAAAUUGCGGUAACUCAGACUUCAUCCCUAAUCCCAAAGAAGGACGUCGGAUUGCAGGAACCGAUAAGGAAGAUAUGGAUGCUUUGUAUGAGCACUUUUGUCAGAAUCUGGGGUAUCAGCUCGUGGCGGUUGUAGGCCAUUCCCGAGGCGCAUCAGUCAUGUUUGCGUGGGCCGUCAACCACCCUGAGAUCUAUAUUCCAGAUCUCAUCAACUGUUCUGGCCGUUUUGAUGCGUGGAUGUACAAGGAAAAAGUGCUUCGGAGCCAUCCCACCCUGGAAGUGGACGGUGGAUAUCAUCUUCGCGCUAAGCGGUACGAGAAAUAUAGCGACGAGUGGAUUCCAUUGGCUGAGGUGAAUGACUUUUCUGAUCAAAUCUCACCUAACUAUGGCAAGAUUGCUGAGAGAACACAGGUGUUUACUAUCUUUGGCAGCCAAGACCAUAUUGUUCCAGUUGCCGACUCUGCCAAAUGGGCCAAUCUUUUUGACGGUCGGCAUACUUUACAACUGAUUAUGGGUGGUGACCACAAUUUUUAUGGUGGCCGUGGUCCCGAUAAUAAAAAGAUUUCUUACAAUCCUCAGGUUGUGCGAGCGAUUGUGAAGUAUCUCUCGCCUGACGAGGAGUACCAGCGGUUCUACAAGCAGAACCUGUUUUCAGCGAAAACUUCUCGUUGGAAAAAUAUCGAAAAUGUGAACAAUUUCCGUGAUUUUGGCGGAUAUCAAAAUGUAAAGCCCAAUGUGCUGUUCCGCUCAUCUGGCUUGCAGGACAUUACUGCUACUAGCAUGAGACAGCUUCGCGAUCUUGGCAUUAAGUAUAUUUUUGAUUUGCGAAGCAGCAUAGAGGUCCAAAACCAUCCCACGCCAGACAUUCCUGGAAUUACUAGACUGCAUAUUCCUGUUUUUGAGAACAAAGACGUCUCCCCCAAGGGCUGUACGAGAUACAUGCUGAAAAGCGGAAGUGCUGCGUUCCGCAAAGUAUUUUUGACUCUUCGAGACUACCCUGACCAGCCAAUUCUUAUCCACUGCACUGCAGGAAAAGAUCGUACCGGUGUUCUCAGUGCACUGAUUCUGCUGCUGCUCGGGGUAGAGCGGGAGAUUGUUGCCCGAGAAUAUGAACUUACCACGACUGGUCUAGAGCAAUUCCGGCUGAAAAUUAUGGAUAUGUACAAGAUGACCCCUGACCACGAGGAUUUCAACAAGUUCGAGUUGUUACUAAGUUCGCGCUAUGGCGCUAUGCAGGCGACAAUUACAACACUAGAGACCGAGUGGAAAGGGGCGGCUGCUUAUUUGAAACAAGAAUGUGCAUUGACCGACGGCGAUAUUGCAACUAUUCGCCACAAUCUCCUCGUUAGACCAGCCAGCCACUUAUAG